AUGUUUGCAAUUGACGCAAAGUUUAUAUAUAAAUCCAAUCAGACAUCUGAUUUCACAAGUUACAUAUAUUACAUAAUGGAUAGUGGAAACAGUGAAGGUAGAGUUUUGGUAUGGAGAAGAACUGCAUGGAACAAUUCAACGGCACUCUAUGGUGAAUUGGUAGAUCUAAUGGUAAAAGAUACACAAUUUACAUGUGGUUUGGCGAAUCUUUUGGAUUCUUCAGAGGUCGAUGCAUUUGCAAAAACAAUAGUCAAUCUGUUCAGUGCAGCCAACAAGACAUUGCCAUUGAUAAAAUAUUUGAUCUACAAUGAAUUCACUUCGAAGGUGAUGGCGGAGGGCGAAGGCUCGAUUCUGCGUGGAAACAACAUCGUCAAUAAGAUCGAGGGUGCAUACGUAAGAUUGAUCGGUGCCAACUAUCUGCGUUAUGUGCUCUCCGAUUUGGUGACUCGUGUCGUUCAGGAUAAGGAUUUGCGAUUGGAGAUCGACCCGAGAAAGCUGGCCACCUACAACGAAGAAGACAGCGGCUACGAGCAGGCCAUCACCAACCCUGAGCUACAGUUACAGCAGAACCGACAGGCAUUGUUGGAGAUGUCACAGAUGUUUAUCGACCGUAUCACAGAUCCUCAGGUCGUAGAGGAGAUGCCACGUGAAAUUCGUGCAGUCGCCGACUACACCGCCGAGUCGGCACUCAAGUAUGCACCAGAGUCACUUGCACCGCUCGUCGGUGGUUUUAUCAUGCUCCGUUUCUUCUCACCUGCAAUCGUAACACCCGAAUAUUCGAAAUUGAUUGCAUCCGAUAUUGUACCAUCAAGAAGAGCAAAGAGAAAUUUAGUUUUAUUGGCAAAGGUUUUACAAAAUGUAUCGAAUGGAGUUGAAUUUGGUGGAAAAGAAGAGUUUAUGACAUGUAUGAAUAGUAUUGUUACAGAUAAUAAACCGAAAAUGUCAAAGUAUUUCCAGAUGAUUUGUAAGGAUCCGACCAGUCCAACUCAGAAAUGGGCAGAUCUCGAAGGAAUCUCGAUGCAACAAGGAUUUGUUGUGUGUAAACCAACUGGUGCCGGUGGAAAGCAACCGGCUGCCACCUCCAAGUGGAUGGUUACAACACCCUCUACAUUCUCACCGAUUCAAAAUGGCGGUAACAAUAAAUCCGCAGCCACUGUAAAACUGACAAAUAGCAACGGAAGCGGCGCAGCUACACAGCUACAACAGGCACCCACUCCAUGGGAUGGAUACAUCAGACACGUCGAGAUACACGAUCUCUUUGAUCUCCACCGUAUAUUGGAUCUCUACCGUGAGAAGGUUGCUAUCAAGAUGGCGGUUUCGUGUCGUGCCACUCUGAGGAUUCUCGAACUCCUAAAGGAUCUCGGUCCUUCGCCAAAGACGAAAAUCGAAAAGAAGAAAAAAGAAACAGAGGAAUACGAUCAACAGCCAAGCGGCAAUUUGAAUUCCGGUUUCGAUGACUUUACAUUCAUGUUGGAACGUGCUAGAUUCCUCUUCCAAGGACCGAACGACAAGCACGAUAAACCUGUAUUCUACCUCAUUGUCAAUCGUGUCAAGCCAGAGGUGUUUGACAACAUUAAUCCAUUGAUAGCACACAUCUUCAAGGUUAUGGAUUCAUGUGUCAAUCUAUCAUCGUAUACCCUCAUCGUCGAUAUGUCAUGGUGUCACAUCUCCUCGGAAAUGAAACGUGCCAUUUUUACUCAUCUUCCAAAAUUAGCUGAAGUUUUCUCAAGAAAAUAUAAAAAGAAUAUUGAUAAAUUAUUUAUUGUACAUCCAUCUGCAUAUACUCGUGCUGUAAUUUACUUUAUGAGAGCAUUCACCAGUAGAAAGCUAAAGAGAAAGAUUCAUGAAGUUUACAAUUGGAAACAGCUGACCACUUAUAUAGACACUGAGAAUAUAGCAUUGCCAGAGACAAGUAAAGAUUACAUUACAAAGAGUUAUCGUGUUGUCAAAGUCAACUCAAAGGGAAAACGACAGGAGCGACUGAUCAAGUUCACCAGCAAUUCGUUGUUGAACAUCGAUCCAAAGACAAAGCGAGUGCAGAAUGAGAAGCGUAUCGAUGAGAUUGAAGAGAUUGCUUCUGCACUCGGUUCCAUUGAGAUUUCCAUGAAAUUCAAAAGUGGAGGUGGAAGUGGAAUGACCACUGGCGCCACUAACAACGCCAGCAGCACCAGCUCAGUUGCAUCGCCUGCCCAACAAAGCCACAAGCCACGUGGACCAAUUGGAUUCCUAUCACUAAAAUCCGGAGGAAAUUCGUCGGACGGUGUCAGACGUUAUGUUUGUAACCACGAGUUGGAGCGUGACCAUAUCAUUCAGGAUAUUUUCGAGGCUGGAUUCAAAGUUGGUUUGGCCAAAUACCCAAAUAGCCAACCGUCGUCGUUUGGACACAGCGGACCACUUCCAACAGAGUAUCGCGUGAUCAAAGUGAACAACGCUGGCAAGCAUCAAGAACGUAUAUUUAAGUUGACAAUCGAUUCACUACUCAAUCUCGAUCAACAGAGGAUCAAGAGUGAAAACAGUUUUGCUGGUAUCGAAGAAGUAGCUUUGGAUUUCGAGAAUCAAGAUAUCGUCUGGAUGAAAUACAAGUCUGAGCCACACAAGAGAAAAAUCAUUUGUAGAGAUGGCGAAGGUAAACAACUGUUUGAAGUGCUCACCGAAGCAAUUCACAAGUAUCAGAAACUCAUCGAUAUCCAAGAAGGUGAUCUUAAACUCGCUGCCGAAGAAAGUGGUUACCUCUAA